AUGUUAUCAAAAAGUACUACUGAACUGUCUAUCAAAUCUAAACCAUUUUAUCCUGAUCAAUGGGAUGAUGAUAGUAUAAUGAGUAAAAUGAUGAGCAAUUUACCGAAUAAAAAUUUAAAUCCAUCUACAUAUUCAAGUAUAAUGAAAUUUUGGCAUGAAGCAAUAGAAAAAUAUUGUAUUACCGUUGAGAAUCCUUUUAUUUCACUUUUUGAUUUAAAACAUGCAUUUAGACGGAACAAAGCAAUACCAGCAAGUUUAAAAGAUGUAAUUAAUGAACUUCACAAUAAACAACUCUUAAUUGAUCCUAAUGCAUUAUCUGUUCAAGCAAAUAAAGUAAUUUCGGGGAAUAGUAUUGUAACAAAUUUAUCAUGGGUUGCUGCUUCUGUCAGCUACGGUUUAAGUGGAAUGUUAAAUUGGCUUGUUAAUGGAAAUAACAUUAUAGAUAAUGUAGAACAAUGUAAAUAUAUUCAUUUACCUUCAUUAAGGAAAUUGUCUCGUCAAUUAAUGGCUAAAUUAAGAGAACGACAAAAUACAGAUGUUAUUCACGGACCUCCAGAGUUAAUGUCUAAAGAAGAAUUUUUAUCGUAUUCAACAUCAACAACUGGUUUUUCUGAAGAUACAUUAAUGGCUAUUUUGAAUAUGUGGAUAACAGAAAAAUUCGUCACUGUUGGCUAUUCGACUAACCCUAGAAUAGAGGUACUUAAAUUUAAUGAACAUUUUAAAUCUCCUUCCAGUACGAACUAUCCAGUAUUUCAGGAUAUUGAUGCUUCCAUCUACAAUUUAAUAAUGGCUAUAAAGACACGUGAAAAUCAAAUAAAUCAUAUUGUUGAAAUGAAUGAUAAAUUAAAAGAACAGGCACGUAUUUGUAUAAAAAAUAAGGAUAAAGGAAGUGCUCUUAGAAAAAUGAAAAAGUACAAAUCAACAGAAUUAACUAUUGAAAAAAUGGAAUCAUCUAAAAAUAAAUUGGAAGAUAUUUUAUAUAAUAUUACACUAACAAAAGAUAAUGCAAAAAUAGUUGAAUUGAUGAGAUAUGGAAAUGAAACAAUGAAAAAUAUUAAUAAAGAAAAUGGAAUAACUAUUGAAAAGGUAGAUGAAAUUAUUGAUGAUAUUGAAGAAGGAAUUCGUGACAAAGAAGAAGUAGAAGAUGCCAUUUCUCGCCUCAACACAACACCAAGUAUUGAUGAUGAAAGUCUGGAAAAAGAAUUCGAAGAAAUUAUGAAAAAUGACACUAAUCUCAAAGGAACGUCAAUCAAAAGUACAACAAGCAGUGUUUUAAAGCGUAUUAGUUCAGAACCUUCUUUAAUACCAGAGAAAAGUCGGAAGAUUGUCUUUCCAAGUGUUCCUGAAAAUAGUCCCUCUUUAAAAAGAAGGUUGCUUAUCCGUUAG